AAGUAUAAUAAAGAAGCCACCGCCACGCUGUUCCUGCCUCCUCUCACAUGAAUACCCACAUGAUGGCCAGGUAUUCCCCUCAUUAUGCUAAUAAGUCAGCAGAUCACACACGAUGCAUCCACAUUCUUUGCACCUAGGCUACAGUUAUUACCCAAUAGUUGCCCCACCUACUACCGAGAAAGGAAACUGAGUAGAUUAACAUAAACUCCUCCUCCAAACAGAUCUUAUCCGGUAAGCGCAAGAUGAGGGCGUGGAUGGCAAUGUUUACGUCUGGCUUGCUGAGAAGUGGGACAGAUAGAAACUUGGAACCCAAAUGAGCCACUGUAAGACUGUGCAUAGGAAGGCUACUAAGGUCAUAAAGUGUUGGGCCUGCUGUCCAGAACUGCCAUGCUGAGAAGAGGCAGGAACGGCCAAGCUCAGCAUUUGGCCUGGAGUGAAACACAGCCAGAGACAGAUACCAUGGCAGGGUUCCAGACAUUGGACAGAGAGGAGUGGGAAGGUCAGACAACAUCACAGAUCAGCGAUUCGGAGUCUGAGGGGGGGGAUUACUACAUGGCCAGUUCCCAUGCUGUCUCUGAGGUGGAGGUCUUGCCCGGCCCAGUACCGGUGAUAGGGGAGUCUUUCUGCCAGUGUGACCGACAGGAAGCGCUCAGCCCAGGCCUCAGUCUCAUCAGUGACUGCCUCUGUGGGGAAGAGGAUCAGGGUUUUGACUGGGUGUGGGACGAGCACUUUAAGUCCUCCGGAGCCUUCCUCAGCUGUGACAACAGGAAGGUGAGCUUUCACUCAGACUACAGCUGUGGCACAGCUGCCAUUCGAGGCACCAAGGAGCUAGUCGAUGGCCAACACUUCUGGGAAGUCAAGAUGACCUCUCCUGUCUAUGGCACUGAUAUGAUGGUGGGAAUCGGAACGUCAGAGGUGAACCUGGAGAAGUUCAAAUACAGCUUUGGCAGCUUGCUGGGCCACGAUGAAGACAGCUGGGGGCUUUCAUACACAGGUCUCCUCCAGCACAAAGGGCACAAAGUGAAGUUCUCCUCUCGAUUUGGGCAUGGCUCCAUCAUAGGAAUACACCUGGACACCUGGCACGGUACUCUGACCUUCUACAAGAAUCGGCACUACAUAGGUGUUGCUGCCACUAGGCUUCAGAACAAGAAAUUCUACCCCAUGGUGUGUUCCACAGCAGCCAAGAGCAGUAUGAAGGUGAUCCGUGCCUGCUAUACACCCACCUCCCUGCAGUACCUUUGCUGUGCCCAGCUCCAGCAAAUGUUGCCCUACUGCACAGACUUACUCAAUACCCUGGAGCUACCCCCGGGACUGCGCACUGUGCUCAACACACAGCUGGGCUGGGUCUUCACCCUCAGCGGGAGCCCUGACGUCUCAGAGGAGCACAGGGACUUGCCAAAGGACUUCGAUGAAGAGAUGAGCUUGCUUUCAGGCCCCACUUACAGCCCUAUCCUGAGCACUGUAUCUACACCAAGUGCCUCAGCCUCCCCGAGCCCCUGCACCAGUCCAUUCCCUGACACCAUCCUGUACCAGUGCCCCUGUCAGACUUCACCUCAAACUCAGCCGUGCAUGUGCCACUGCCCUCCAACUCCUCGCAGCAGUGACUACGACAGCUGCUGCUCUGAAAGAGAGGAUUACCAAUGCAAAAGGGGGCGCUGGAUCUGACUUUGGUGGCAGCACAUAUUUUUAAGUGUUUGGUACGCAGCAAUUCUACCACUGCCAUCAACAUCAACUGCUGGAAAUCAUGAGCAAAACAGCAGUCUUACCAUUUAUCAAGUAAUUCCUAAUUAACCUUUUGAGUGGAUUGAUGCUCCUCUUUUUAAGUUGCCAUUUUUGUGUCACUCAAACAACUUUGUAAAGGUAUGGAGAGAGGAGGAGAGGAGGAGAAGAGAGUGAGUAUGUAAUGCUAAGAUAUUAGAGUGACAUUUGGGUCACUGAUUCUCAUUUUAGUCUACUCCUGUCAUGAAGUUAAGAAGAGCCAUUUAUAAUGCUGAUUAUUUUUCAUUAAAUUUCUAAAAUUCACCAGUCACUGUCUUUGCAAAACCUAAGGUGUGCCAGAUUAGAGCCUGACCAAAAAAAAAAAAACAACCUGUAACACACUUGUGAAAGU